GAAUCAUGUACCGCAAAUCCUGCGCGUCUUCAGCAGCGUGUCUGAUCGCCUCUGCUGGGUACCAGUCCUUCUGUUCUCCGGGGAAGGUGAACUCUGUUUGUAUCAGCUGCUGCAACACUCCGCUCUGCAACGGGCCCCGGCCGAAGAAGAGGGGGAAUUCUGGCGUGGUGCCAAGGGCACACGUGAUAACCACGGUUAUGCUCCUUAAAUUGGCUCUGUUGGUUUUGUAUGGCUAA